CCAUCCUCCUCUUCUUAAAACAGUGCAAAACUCGGACCCACUCCCUACGACAAAACAAAUAAGUAAGUAACAGUGAGCAAAGCCAAAAACCAAAAAUAUUCAAAGAUUUUUCAAAGUCACUUUCUCUCUUUAUAAAUACGCUCUUCUUCUCUCACUCUUCCCCUCAUUUUCUUUCAUCCUUCUUUUCUCUGAUCCUCUGAGCUUAAUAGAAAAGAAAAAAUCAGUUUCUUUCCCGCCAAAAUUCCGACACCUUUCUGAUUUAUACUCUCAGUGCUGCUGCCCCGCCCCUCUUUUUCCUUUUUUCUUUUCUUUUUCUUUUCCUACUUUCUUUAUAAAAUCCUCAGUUACCUCAUAUCCAAAGCUAACGAAACACAGUUAACAACUUUCUUUCUUUCGUUUUUUCUUUCUUUCUUUCUUCUUCUUCUUCUUCUUCUUCAUUUCUCAGUUCAGGAAAAGCUACUCUACUGAACUGAACUGAAUUGAUUGAUGAUCCCGUUUACGCGUUUUUAGCCUCUGUUUAUAUUCUGUUGACGACCCACUUCAUCUUCUUCUACCCGCUCUUUUGCUCUGUACUUAUUCACUGUGCAAAUACUCCAUGUCCGUACAAUCAACCCCCCAUAGCCGAAGAAGAAGAGUGGUCAGAAUCAUGUUCAGCGACCCCUAUGCUACUGAUUCCUCUAGUGAUGAUGAUCAGCAUGAUCGUGAUGAUGAUCAGCAUGAUCAUGAUGAAGAUAUACAAACAGAAAAUCAACGACAACUCAAACGAAAGGGACCGAAGAAGCAUGUGACCCAACUUACCUUUGAUUCAAUACCCUCGGUCUCAACAACAGUACCCUCUCAUGAUGAAUACAAACACCGAGAAAUCUUAACCAGAAGGAGACCUCCAACAGCUCCGGGCUCUGACGUCGCUCACCGGAAGAAGAAGUUCCGAGGCGUUCGCCAGAGACCUUGGGGGAGAUGGGCUGCCGAGAUUCGUGACCCGGCCCGACGCAAACGGGUUUGGCUCGGCACCUUUGAUACUGCUGAAGAAGCUGCUACUGUCUACGACAGAGCUGCAGUGAAGCUAAAAGGUGUUAACGCCGUUACCAACUUUCCUAACACCGUCAUCACGGAAAAGGUUCUAUUAAGAGACAAUAGCAGUAAUAUCUGUGAUUCCUCCUCCUGCGACUCUCCACCAAGCGCUGUUACGUCCUCGCCGACGUCAGUUCUUCGUUUUGAUGAGUUAACGCCGUUUGAUUGUUUCGGUUACGACACGUUUGGAUUAGAGGAGCUUCCGAUGCCGUUACAUCCAGCCGAUUUUAUUUUGUCGGGCAAACAAUUCAGCGGCGAGGAAUUCGUUGACCUCGACGAUUUCUUAGUCGACGUUAUAUCAUAAUUAUUAUUAUCAAAAGACCCACAUGUCUUCCGUCUAGUAAUUUUUGACAAGUUUGGUGGGUGUUUGGUAAUUUGGCCUUCCAAUGUGAUGAGUUAGCGCUAUACUAUUCGUUGUAGUGGGGUAAGGGCCAAGUUUAACUGAAUUACGGAAUUACCCUCGCGGUGGAUGGUUUGAUUAGUCAAACUACGGAGUGCAAAUUAAAGUGGAGUAUUAUCCGAUUAUGGAAGAUUAUCUUAUGUGGCGAUUUUGUCACCCUCGUGUAAUUAACAAAAUUGUUAAUUAUUGAAAUUAAUUUGUAA